GGUGUUAAUCGUAUUUCCCGUGUGUAUCUGUGAUAUAAAUGUGAUCAUGAGAGUGUUUAGUUUCAAGUUAAUCCUAAAUACUAUCACUAAAUGGCCCAUACCAGGUUGGCGGCAGCGCAGGAGGCGGCGGGCGCGCAGGCUCGCGCGGCGCCAGCUGAUACCAUGGGUGGCGCCCACCAGCCCGCUACUCCGGGGCCCAGCUCGCUCUUUAUAUUCUCCGACGAAAACCCUGUUCGGAGGUAUACAAAGUUUAUCAUCGAGUGGCCGCCCUUCGAGUACGCGGUGCUGCUUACCAUCAUCGCCAACUGCGUGGUGCUGGCGCUGGAAGAGCAUCUGCCUAACGGCGAUAAGACCAUCCUUGCACAGAAACUGGAAGAGACCGAGGCGUACUUUUUAGGAAUAUUUUGUGUAGAAGCCUCGUUAAAAAUUUUAGCUUUAGGUUUUGUUUUACACAGGGGUUCUUAUCUUAGAAACAUUUGGAACAUCAUGGAUUUUUUCGUUGUAGUAACCGGUAUCAUCACGCAGCUGCCAAUCGCGCCCGCAGACGUCGACUUCAGGACCUUGCGUGCCAUUAGGGUGCUGAGGCCCCUUAAAUUAGUAUCGGGCGUUCCUAGUUUGCAAGUUGUAUUGAAGUCGAUCAUCAAGGCGAUGGCUCCGUUGCUGCAGAUCGGUCUUUUGGUGCUUUUCGCAAUCGUCAUAUUUGCCAUCAUUGGCCUCGAGUUUUAUUCUGGGGCGCUACAUAAGACUUGUUAUAACUUAGAAGAUAUUAAUGAAAUAGUGAAUGAUGGGGAAAGUCCAACACCGUGUAAUGCCGAUAACGAAACGCUGGCACCUCACGGGGCGUAUGUUUGUACAUAUGAUAAGAGUACUUGCCUGGAAAAGUGGGAGGGGCCAAACAAGGGCAUUACCUCGUUCGACAAUAUUGGCUUUGCUAUGCUCACCGUCUUCCAGUGCAUUACAAUGGAGGGCUGGACCGCCAUCCUCUAUUGGACGAAUGACGCGUUAGGUAGUACAUUUAACUGGAUCUACUUUGUGCCUCUCAUAGUAUUGGGUUCGUUCUUUAUGCUCAACUUAGUUCUCGGUGUCCUAAGCGGUGAAUUCGCUAAAGAAAGAGAGAAAGUAGAAAAUAGACAAGAAUUUCUUAAAUUAAGAAGACAGCAAUUACUAGAGAGAGAACUCAACGGUUAUGUUGAGUGGAUUUGUAAAGCAGAGGAGGUUAUAUUAGCAGAAGAAAGGACGACAGAAGAAGAGAGAAUGCAUAUUAUAGAAGCUCGGAGAAGAGCAGCCGCAAAGAAAAAGUUAAAAAAUCUUGGGAAAAGUAAAAGUACAGAUACUGAAGAGGAAGAACAGGACGAAGACUGUGGGGACGACGGUUUUUUGAAAAGCAAAGCUCGUUCGGCCGGUAAAUGUGCGGACUUCUGGAGAGCAGAAAAGAGGUUUCGAUUUUGGAUAAGACAUACGGUCAAAACGCAAUGGUUUUAUUGGUUUGUCAUCGUGCUGGUGCUUUUCAACACAAUAUGCGUCGCCGUUGAGCACUAUAGACAACCUAAGUGGCUUACUUCAUUUUUAUACUAUGCCGAAUUUGUGUUCUUGGGCUUAUUCAUGAUGGAAAUGUGGGUGAAAAUGUAUGCCCUCGGGCCGCGGAUUUACUUUGAAUCUUCAUUCAACCGCUUCGAUUGUGUAGUCAUAUCUGGUUCCAUCUUCGAAGUUGUAUGGUCCGAAGUAAAAGGCGGCUCUUUUGGUCUCUCAGUCCUUAGGGCUUUAAGAUUGUUGAGAAUAUUUAAGGUUACAAAAUACUGGGUGUCGCUACGAAAUCUUGUGAUAUCUCUUCUAAACUCAAUGAGAUCUAUUAUCUCGCUACUGUUCCUUCUCUUCUUGUUCAUAUUGAUCUUUGCUCUGCUGGGUAUGCAGUUGUUUGGUGGUCAAUUCAACUUUGAAGAUGGUACACCGCCCACUAAUUUCAAUACCUUUCCGAUCGCGUUGCUUACUGUCUUCCAGAUUUUAACAGGCGAAGAUUGGAAUGAAGUGAUGUAUUGUGGGAUCCAGUCUCAGGGUGGUAUACAAAAGGGGAUGAUUUACUCGCUGUAUUUUGUCAUUCUUGUAUUAUUUGGCAACUAUACGCUGCUAAAUGUGUUUCUUGCUAUCGCCGUCGACAACUUGGCAAAUGCACAGGAGUUAACUCAAGCUGAAGAAGAGCAAGAAGAAGAAGACAAAGAGAAGCAGAGUAAAAACAAAAAAGAUGAGAAAAAAGAGGAAGAAGAGAUACCAGACGGACCAAAACCAAUGCUGCCAUAUUCGUCCAUGUUUGUUUUGUCACCUACUAAUCCCAUAAGAAGAGGCGCACACUGGAUUGUAAAUUUAAGAUAUUUUGAUUUUUUUAUUAUGGUAGUUAUUUGUAUGAGUUCAGUGGCUUUAGCAGCCGAAGAUCCCGUAGACGAAGAUAGUACAAGAAAUAAAGUACUAAAUUGCUUUGACUACGCGUUUACGGGGGUGUUCACUGUUGAGAUGCUGUUGAAGAUUGUGGACCUCGGCAUUUUAUUCCAUCCGGGCGCGUAUUUACGCGACCUAUGGAACAUUAUGGAUGCUGCGGUCGUUAUAUGCGCCCUUGUCAGCUUCGGUUUUGAAAUCGGAGGUGUAAAGAAAGGGGCGGGACAAAAUUUGUCAACAAUAAAAUCGUUAAGAGUGUUAAGAGUGCUCAGACCUUUAAAAACUAUUAAACGAGUUCCAAAGUUAAAAGCAGUGUUUGACUGUGUUGUGAACUCUCUGAAAAAUGUCAUAAACAUUCUCAUAGUGUAUAUAUUGUUUCAAUUCAUAUUUGCUGUAAUUGCGGUUCAACUUUUUAAUGGUAAAUUUUUUCACUGCAACGAUAUCAGUAAGAAUACUUUAGAAGACUGCCAGGGAUCGUAUUUUGUCUACGAGCCAAGCAGUUUGUUGCCACGAGUGGAAAAGCGCCUGUGGAGGACACAAUCGUUUCAUUACGAUAACGUUGCGUCCGCCAUGUUGACGCUCUUCGCAGUUCAGACGGGGGAGGGUUGGCCACAAGUGCUACAAAAUUCAAUGGCUGCCACAUACGAAGACAGGGGACCUAUACAAAAUUUUCGAAUAGAAAUGUCCAUAUUUUAUAUAGUUUACUUUGUGGUGUUUCCGUUCUUCUUUGUUAAUAUAUUCGUAGCUUUGAUUAUUAUUACAUUUCAAGAGCAGGGUGAAGCUGAAUUACAGAAUGGUGAAAUUGAUAAAAAUCAGAAAUCAUGUAUAGACUUCACGAUAGAAGCCCGACCUCUAGAGCGGUAUAUGCCAAGUAAAAGAGGGAGUCUGAAGUACAAAGUGUGGAGAAUAGUAGUUUCUACGCCUUUUGAGUAUUUCAUCAUGGCACUCAUUGUGUUAAAUACAUUACUGCUCAUGAUGAAGUUUCACGAGGCUCCACCACUACUCAUGGACGUGUUAACAGUCAUGAACAUAGUCUUUACGUUCUUCUUUCUUCUCGAGACCGUUUUGAAGUUAAUUGCCUUCGGAUGUACGAAUUUUUUCAAAGACCCGUGGAAUACCUUUGAUUUUAUAACGGUCAUUGGAAGUAUUAUUGACGCCCUAAUUAUGGAGUUUGGCAGUGACCUUGCCGAAAACUGUGCUGCUGACAUAUCCUGUCAGCAGGAGAAUACAUUCAACGUUGGUUUUCUCCGCCUUUUUCGAGCCGCGCGACUGAUCAAGCUGCUUCGACAGGGCUAUACAAUUCGAAUACUUCUCUGGACUUUCGUGCAAAGUUUUAAAGCCUUACCCUACGUGUGCCUUCUCAUUGCAAUGUUAUUUUUCAUCUAUGCUAUCAUUGGGAUGCAGGUUUUUGGCAAUAUAGAAUUAGCAGCCGAAUCAGAUAUGAACAGACAUAAUAAUUUUCGGAGUUUUAUUCAAGCACUUAUGUUGUUAUUUAGGUGUGCUACGGGUGAAUCAUGGCCGAAUAUAAUGUUAGCUUGCUUAAAACCAGCCAAGUGUGAUAAAGCUGCUCAUAAACCUCCAAGUGAAUCUUGUGGCAGCACACUUGCUUAUGCUUAUUUCGUUUCUUUCAUAUUCUUUUGUUCUUUCCUUAUGUUAAAUUUAUUUGUUGCCGUCAUUAUGGAUAACUUUGACUAUUUAACAAGAGACUCUUCUAUUUUGGGAGCACAUCAUUUAGACGAAUUUGUUAGAAUAUGGGCUGAAUAUGAUCCAAACGCAACCGGAAAAAUUCAUUACACUGAAAUGUACGAUAUGUUAAAAAACAUGGAUCCACCACUAGGAUUUGGUAAUAAGUGUCCAAACAGGCUGGCUUUUAAAAAGUUAAUACGAAUGAAUAUGCCGUUAGAUGAAGAAGGGAAAGUUAAUUUUACUACUACGCUUUUUGCCCUAAUACGAGAAAAUCUCAGCAUUAAAAUGAGAUCCGCCCAAGAAAUGGACCAAGCCGAUGAAGAUCUCCGAGAAACAAUAACUCACAUUUGGCCACUUCAAGCAAAGAAGAUGUUAGACUUGCUGGUGCCUCGAAGAGAUGUUCUUAAUGCAGGAAAACUGACGGUCGGGAAGAUUUACGCAGGCCUUAUUAUCAUAGAAAAUUGGCGAACAACAAGGUUUAAACCGGAUGCAAAUAGGGGCCAGAAGGCGUCCUUGUUUAACUGCCUGAUGGAUGUUGCGGCGGGACUGGGCCCUGGUUCGCGGACAGGCUCUCUAAGUCAUGAGAUCCCCGCACUUACAAAUGGUCACGCUGAAGAUCCGCAUUCUUUAACAAAUCUCGCCAAACGCUCUUCAAGAAGAUCUUUCAAGAACAACAAAAAGAUAUUGGAGUUGCAAGAUGUGGGAUCACAACACGCGUCCAUGGAGUCAUUAGACGAAGCGAGAUUACAAGCACCUCAUACAUACCAAAAUGGGCAUCACGGAAGAUCAUCGAGUUUAAGACGAAGUCCCAGUCCAAGACGAAGAGGUCACUACGGAGGUUACCAUCACGAUAUUGGCUUCUCCGACACAGUUAACAACGUCGUAGAAAUUGUCAAACACGAGCAUCAAAGACAUGGCCGAACACACAGAGCGCCGCAUCACUACCACCCACAUGGGAAGGAGUGGAGGGCGCCCUACCCCACGACCAGCCUGAGCCAGCCCUCGCGAUCGCCCAGCCCGCCACACCACACCUACGUUUGGGCAUCAAUAGGUGGAGACCGCGAGCGCGAAAGAGAGCGAGAAUGGCGGGAAUGGCGCGAGCGGUCGUGGGAACGCGAAGGGGGCAGGCGAGGCCGCGGCCGGCAGCUGCCUCCGACGCCGACGAAGCCGUCCACGUUACAUGUUAAACAACAAGCACCGUUUUCAAGAAUCAGCCAUAGUCCUUCGCACUUAUCAUUGAGGCAUACAACGAGAGAACCGUUAGAGCCUUUGCACGACGAGUACGAGUACGGCAGAGAAGUUGAAAGACUGAUACACCGAGACUAUAGAUCUAGAGAAAGUCUCAAUGAAACCGGGCGUGAGUUCGGCAGGCGCGGCUGGGGUUACGAGACGGAGCGCGGGCGCGCUUACGAGGCGCCGCUGAGCUACGAGGCAGCGCUGGCGUUGGGGCGCGGCGGCGGGGCGCGCGCGUUGCCAUCGCCCGCCGCCGCGCCGCGCCUGCCCAACGGGUACAAGCCGCGUGCGCGCCAUUCCGACUCCGACGAGGACGACUGGUGCUAGCGGCGCCGUCGCGCGCGCUCCCAGUGGGAC